ACUGCAUCUGCAGCUUGAAACCUGAGUGGAGAUUUGAAGAAAACUGGAUUGGAUCACCAAGUUUCUUUCACAGGACCGUCUGGACAGUGCUGAGGUUCUGGAUAGAAUGAUGUACAAGAGGAUAUUCUCCAGUUUCAGCCACUUUGCUCAAAUCCAAUGUACCACUCUAUGAUGAAUUCUUCCAAACCUGCCUAUUUAGAUUACUUUGGCAGAAUCCAUGGAAUUCUACUGUAUAAAGAAUUUAUCCAAUAUUGGCAUGACGUGGAGGCAUUUGAGGCAAGACCAGAUGACCUUGUCAUUGUCACCUAUCCCAAAUCUGGCACAACAUGGGUUAGUGAAAUUGUAUACAUGAUUUAUACAGAGGGUGAUGUGGAAAAGUGCAAAGAAGAUGCCAUUUUUAAUCGAAUUCCUUACCUGGAAUGCAGAACCGAAAAGGUGAUGAAUGGAGUAAAACAAUUAAAACAGAUGGCAUCUCCUAGAAUAGUGAAGUCUCAUCUGCCACCUGAGCUUCUUCCAGCCUCAUUUUGGGAAAAGAACUGUAAGAUCAUCUAUGUUUGCCGGAAUGCCAAGGAUGUGGUUGUUUCUUAUUACUAUUUCUUUUUAAUGGUGACUGCUAAUCCGGAUCCUGGUUCUUUUCAAGAUUUUGUGGAAAAAUUCAUGGAUGGAGAAGUUCCUUAUGGUUCCUGGUAUGAACACACAAAAUCUUGGUGGGAAAAGAGAGAGAAUCCACAAGUGCUAUUUCUUUUCUAUGAAGACAUGAAGGAGAAUAUCAGAAAAGAGGUGAUGAAAUUGAUAGAAUUUCUGGGAAGGAAGGCAUCAGACGAGCUUGUGGACAAGAUUAUAAAACACACUUCAUUCCAGGAGAUGAAGAACAAUCCAUCUACCAAUUACACAAUGCUACCGGAUGAAGUCAUGAACCAAAAAGUAUCUCCCUUCAUGAGAAAGGGGAUUGCAGGAGACUGGAAGAAUUACUUUACAGUAGCCCUAAAUGAGAAAUUUGACAUGCACUAUGAGCAACAAAUGAAGGGGUCUACACUGAAGUUACGAACCGAGAUCUAGGAAGGGUUUUCUUGACACAUCUGAGAUUAAAGUGUUCUUUUCAUCAUUCCUUACCUCAUUUAUUUUAGACUAGUAGAGAGCGAGUCAUGUGAAAGAUCAUGAUCAGGUUCACAUGAUUAUUGAGAUCUUCAUAUAAAAAAGCAAGAAAGAUUUUUUUCCCUGCUGUUAUCUUUAAAAUGUUUUUCCUUUCCUUUCUUUAUUACAAAUUAUUACACAAAUCUAUAACCUAUGAGAAUGAUGUAGGAACACACAAAUUUUUGAAGUUGUUAAAGCCUCAUCAAAAAUAAUCAAACAUUCCAAAUUCUUUAACUUUGUUGUUACUUUUUUCCAUUUGUUAGUACAUUUAGUAUAUAUAUAUAUAUAUAUACAUUUAUAUACAUAUAUGCAUAAAUAUAUAUAUUUACAUGGAAUUUGAAAACCUUGACAGAAAGAACUAAAGAAUAAAUAAAUAUGAGGGUAUAAAUAGAUCUGUUAUUUCCUUCCUGAUAUUUUCUUUCACUUUCUGCAAAAUGGCUUAAUUUGGAAUUUACCUUAGUUUAAUGUAAAUUUGGGGCAUAACAGAACUGAUUUCCAGACCUUUAUAAAUAAUCCCAACGAGUGUUAUUUAUGCUUGGAUGUCUUUAGCUAAUUUGAUAUAGUUACGCUUUAGUAUUAUUUCUGUCAUAUACACAAUAUUAUAAAAUUAAGCUCUGUAAAGUUUUAAAGAACGUGAUAUAUGCCAGUAAAAUAAAAUACAAACAAAAGUAAAAGAAG